CACAGUCGUCAAGCAACAUGGUUGGGUUACGGUUGAGCAUAGUUGGGCUCUGCCUGUUGAUGAUCGCAUUGCCCGCGCGGGGCGCCAACAUUUUGGGCCUGUUCAGCAGUCACAGUCCAUCGCACUUGAUACUCCACAUGUCAAUGAUAAAGACGCUGGCCGAAAAUGGACACAAUGUGACCGUGGUGACCAUGAUGAAACCCACUGUCACGCACAAAGAUAUACACGUAAUUGUGGUGCCCUUGACGGAUGAGCAGGAAGAGCUACUGGAGAGCCAAAUGAAUGAAAUGGCUGGUCAAAAGAAUUCGGUCAUCGAUACCAUGCGGCGUCUGAUGAGCGGCAUGAGGGUGAUGGUUGACUCACAGCUGGAGCUGCUGUCGGAUCCACGCUUCCAGCGCAUAUACGAGACCAAGUUUGAUUUAAUGUUCAUGGGCUAUUUCAUCAACGAUUUUCAGCUGGGCGUGGCCGCCAAGCUGCAGGUGCCGGUAAUUAUCUCCUGGAUGCAGGCGCCCAUGUUGGCCGUUGAUGAGCUUGUGGGCAAUCCCACAGAGACUUCGUAUGUGCCUAAUUUGGGAACGCCAUUGGCACGUGGCGAGAAAAUGGGCUUUGCCAAGCGUUUGCAGAAUCUGGGCAUAGAGGUCGUUGUUAGGACUAUGUGGACGAUAUUCGACCGUCGCUUGGAAAAGUACUAUAAUCAACAGUUUGGUCAUGAAGUCAACUUUCCGACGCUGGGCGAGAUGAAACGCAACGUUUCCAUGCUGUUCACCAAUAGCCACUCCAUCAGUGAGGGUCCCAUCAGGCCAUUUGUGCCAGCCGUUGCGGAAAUUGGUGGCAUUCAAGUCAAAGACCAGCCUGAUCCCUUGCCGGAGGACAUUGCCCACUUUCUGGAGAAGGCGCAAAAUGGUGCAAUUUUGCUCUCCCUCGGCACGAACAUCAAAAGCACGGCUGUCAAGCCCGAGCUGGUGCAGUCCAUGUUCAAGGUGCUGUCAGGCCUGAAACAGCAUGUGAUCUGGAAAUGGGAGGACUUGGAUAAUACGCCCGGUAAAUCGGCAAAUAUUCUUUACAAAAAGUGGCUGCCACAGGACGACAUACUCGCCCAUCCCAAGAUCAAACUCUUCAUCAACCAUGCGGGCAGAGGUGGCAUCACGGAGGCGCAAUACCACGGCGUACCCAUGCUGGCUCUACCGAUCUUCGGCGAUCAGCCCGGCAAUGCGGAGAAUAUGCAAAAUGCCGGCUAUGGCGUAGCCCUGGACUUGCUGCAGCUCAACGAAGAGAACUUCAAAGCAAAUAUCCUGGAAGUACUUAACAACAAGCAGUAUGCCCUGACCAUCAGUCGGUUCUCGCAUCUGUACCGGGACAGGCCCCUCACGGCCAAGCAGACGGUGCUCUACUGGACUGAGUAUGUGCUGCGGCACAAGGGUGCCCCUCAUCUCCAGAGUCCGGCCGUGCACAUGGGCAUCGUGGCCUACCACAAUCUAGAUGUUUAUGCUGUACUCGCAGCUGUCUUAUCCCUUGUCCUGUUCUUAACUUGGCUUGCAUUCAAAUUCACUUGCCGCAAGCUAUGUGGCAAGUCGAAGACGAGCAAGAAAGUGAAGAGACAAUGAGCAUAAGUAAUCGUAAAGUAUAUUAAUUCGUAAGAGUUGUCUGAAAUAUAU